AUGACCCAUCUCAAUAGCACCAUCUUCAAGCCCUCAGUGCUGACUCUGACUGGGAUUCCUGGCUUGGAGUCUGUGCAGUUCUGGAUUGGGGUUCCUUUCUGUGUCAUGUACAUCGUCGCUCUUCUUGGGAAUUCUCUGCUCCUCGUUGUCAUCAAAGUUGAGCGAAGCCUCCAUGAACCCAUGUACCUCUUCCUAGCAAUGCUUGGAGCAACAGACAUUGCUCUCAGUACCUGCAUCUUACCCAAAAUGCUAGGAAUAUUCUGGUUUCACCUUCCAAACAUAUAUUUUGAUGCCUGCCUCUUGCAGAUGUGGCUAAUUCACACAUUCCAGUGUAUUGAGUCUGGCAUUUUGUUUGCCAUGGCAAUGGACCGAUACGUGGCGAUCUGUGAUCCUCUAAGACAUGCAUCCAUUUUUACCCGGAGACUCCUCACUCAGAUAGGAAUAGGAGUCACACUCAGAGGCGCCCUCUUUGUAGCUCCGUGUCUCAUUCUCAUCAAAUGCAGGUUGAAAUUCUACUGGACCACAGUUGUAUCCCAUUCAUACUGUGAGCACAUGGCCAUCGUAAAGCUGGCAGCAGAAGAUAUCCCUGUCAACAAGAUCUACGGUCUCUUCGUGGCUUUCAGUAUACUUGGACUAGACAUAAUUUUCAUCACACUCUCCUACAUUAGAAUAUUUGUAACUGUCUUCAAGCUACCUCAAAAGGAAGCAAGACUCAAAGCUUUUAACACAUGCAUUGCCCACAUUUGUGUCUUCUUGGAGUUUUAUCUCCUGGCCUUCUUCUCUUUCUUUACUCAUAGAUUUGGCUUCCACAUUCCAUCCUACAUUCACAUUCUCCUGUCUAACCUUUAUCUACUUGUUCCACCUUUGCUUAAUCCUAUUGUUUAUGGGGUGAAGACCAAACAGAUUAGAGACCAAGUGUCCAAAAUUUUCUUCUGUAAAUAUCCUUCUUGA